AUGCCUUCAAGAGGCGAAAGGUUGAGUCGCGUCGCGAAGAGUUUGGAUAUGAUGCAGGCGACGCUGCGGGAGAUGCAACAGACACAUGCGGCGAUGCUGAGGCAGUUCUAUCCUGAAGAUGCAGUGAAGCCGCAAACCUUGCCACCUGCACCUCGUCCAACCGUCCACCAGGGCGGUGGGCCCGGUGCAUCGGUGCCACGCGGAGGAGCGACGGCAGGAGAUCAAAAUGGACUUUGCUGGCAGAAGGGAGACGGGAUUUGCAUGAGGUGUGCCUAUGUGCCUGCGGGUGCUUUGAGGUAUUCUUUGUCUGGGGCUGAGUUGUCCGGGAAAGGGGGACAGGACAUCACCAUCGGUGGUACCGCCGCCGGGCGCGUCGUCAUGGAGCUUCGAGCGGAUGUGGUGCCGAAGACGGCGGAGAACUUCCGAUGCCUUUGCACCGGAGAGAAGGGCAUGGGGAAGUCAGGCAAGCCUCUUCACUUCAAAGGAAGCGCCUUCCACCGCGUGAUCCCCGACUUCAUGUGCCAGGGGGGCGACUUCACUGCAGGGAACGGCACAGGCGGCGAGUCCAUCUAUGGCGCGAAGUUCGCAGAUGAGAACUUUACCCUGAAGCACACCGGGCCUGGAACCCUGUCUAUGGCCAAUGCCGGUCCGAACACCAAUGGCUCGCAGUUCUUCCUUUGCACGGUGAAGACUAGCUGGCUGGAUGGCAAGCAUUGCGUCUUCGGUUCGGUCACAGAGGGAAUGGAUGUGGUGAAGAAGGUCGAGGCCGUUGGCUCCCAGUCAGGCAAAACCUCCAAGCCCGUUGUGGUGGCGGACUGCGGUCAGCUGGUGCAGAAGAGAGCCGUGGAUUUGUUGCACACACAUGCUGUGCUCAGCACUGUGCUCUAUCAGACGAGAGACCGCAUCCUGCAGGUAAACAUCUCCAGCACAGCUUUGGGACUGGAGAGGGCAGAUAGCAGCCUUUCAGUGCCGGACGUGAAUAUGGCGUCGACCACUGCACCGUCCAGCAACCAGUCAAUCUCUACUGGUACGAUGAGUCUCGGCAUCGGUGUGGCUCCGAAUUUGGAGCCCUUCGAGCCCAUCGCAGAGGUCUCGGAAGCGGAAGAUCGACGAACUCAGUCGACACAACGCUCUGGGUCCCACAGCCAGAAUCGAAUCAAAGUGCCCACGGUCAACAGCCUGGGCAGCUCUAGGGCGUGUGACCUCGAUUUGCAGAGCAGUGAAAGCCUACGCUUCCAAGAUCAGAUGGUUUGGCUCUAUGGAAGCAGCCCUGGCUCCUCGAAUUCUUUGCUUCAGCCGCCCCAUGACAGUCACGCUGGAGGCAAGCGGAGUAUCGGAACGGUCAACAGUCUGGCGAGCUCGGAGGCCCUCAACGUCGGCGACGUGGGGCGCUUCCGGAGGACAGAGACAUUGCAGUUGUCCAACGAACGCAGGGAUGCAGCUGCCAAAGAGGCAGCCACGCUGGCUCUGCUGAAAGAGCUCCAGAAAGAGCAACAAAAGCGCAACAGCAACAGCUUGGACAGCUUGGCCAGUUCGUGGCUUGAGAUUGACAGUGGGCAAGAAUCACGGCAAUUGUCAGCAAGCCCGGAGGGCCGCGACGCAGAGAACCUCGAACCAGCACUGGACUUCCCUGACCUGCCAGAAAGGCGUAGUCAGGCUUUGGCCCUACCACUGUCACGCAGUCGUCAGGGUAGUCGCCAAGGCCGCCGGCCGGUGCUGAGUGUGGCAAGCCUGGAGAACAUCGAGGAAGCCAUGGACGAGGACGGAUCCUUCCAAUUUCCAUCGAAGCUCGGUGCCGAUCGGCAGCCGCUCAGAUCGGCGCGGAUGUCCAGCUUGGCGCCGAAGAUCUUGGAGAAGGACCCAGUGACCAUUCCCAGCUUUGAGAGUCCGGGUCAGUGA